UGGAACCCAGGAGUGACCUGCAAAGGACGUAGCCUUGGAUAAGAGGCUCUUGCCUGCAGCAGCUUGUUUACUGUAAGGUUCAGACUCGUCCUGUUUGUUCCCUGUGAUGGACUGCACCUUUCCCUUCAGCUCUGCUACACUGCAGCUGGGUGAGGGGCAGCUGGGUCAGUGGAAGUGCUCUCAGCGUAUAAGGCCCUGGUACCACCACAGUGAGCACAGCCUGAGCCCAGUUGGCCAGGGAUGCCAGAAGAGCCGAUUGGAGCCACUGGAGUGCCGGGAUCUGCUGGUCCAGAAUGCGCUCUUCACUGGGGACCUGGAGAUGGUGCAGAAGUACUUCACCAAGAGCGCAGCCAUCAAUCUCAUCAUUGAGAACAAGGGUGAUCAGCUACGCUGGACUAGCAGGAAAUUUGGACUGUGGUCUCUGAGCUAUGAGCAGGAGCUCACCACGCCGCUGCACAUCACAGCCAGCCGGGGCUACACAGACUGCCUGCGGCUCCUGCUGCUCCGUGGUGCCACCGUCGACUUUGCACCCGGGGGUAAGACUGCCCUGCACGAGGCGUGUGCCGCAGCCCGUACGGACUGCGUGCGCCUGCUGCUCAGCUUUGGUGCUGACCCUGAGGCUGUCUCUGAGGAUGGCUACAAGCCCCUGCACCUCUGCAAGAGCCCAGACUCCAUCGAGUGUGUCCAGCAGCUGCUGCAGCAUGGUGCCAAUGUGAACAGUCAGACGGAGGAGGAGAACGACACAGCAUUGCACGUAGCAGCACGGCAUGGCCUAACAGACCACGUCCAGCUGCUGCUGCGCUCUGGGGCAAAGCUGGAGGCAGAGAAUGAGGAGGGGCAGACGCCACUGAAUGCUGCCUGUGCUCAGCCUCAUCAGCCCCAGGACAUGGACCGCUACUACCAGGUCUGCCAGCUGCUGGUGGAGAGCGGUGCCAGCAUCAACGCUGCAGACAGGGACCGUCAGCACCCUCUUCACCUGGCCUGCAAGAAUGCCAAUGCUCAAGUGGUAGAGUUACUGCUGGCCCGGGGUGCAAAUGUCAACAUCAUGAACUACAGCGGCAACACGGCACUGCACAAUAUCCUGCAAGCAACUGCCUACAAGCUGGAGCACCAUCCCGAGCUCGUGGUGCGAGCCCUCCUCAACUACGGUGCCAUCCGCAUCUGGCCUGGCUCCCUCCUCAAGGUGCUGCGGUACUGCCACACCUGCCCGCGUGUCAUCGAGGCCCUGAUGAACAGCUACGAUCAUGUGCGUGUCUCUGAGGACUGGGUGGAAGCGGUUCCAGCAGAGGUUGUACAGAAAUACCCACGUUUCUACCAGUCACUUUUCUCCCUGGAGCAAAGACCUCGCUCCUUGCAGCACCUGGCUCGCUACACGCUCAGGACAUUCUUGGAGGGACGGUUGCUUCUGGUCCUGUCUCAGCUGCACCUGCCAAGUGCUUUGCACCAUUUCCUGCUGCUCGGCUUUGAGGAUGUUCUCUACUAA